CCUGUAGAGAGAGUGCGCGCGCGAAAGAGAGAGAGAGCAAGAGAGAGAGGGAGAGAGAGACCCCCCCCUCCCCACCUAACAACAACUCCAACCCCGCAGGCUCGAGCACAACGACCCCACCCCCCAACCCCCUCUGAGAGAGGGGACGGAGCGAGACACACACUCAGAGUCACGGAGAAAAAGAGCGUCUCUGGAUCCCGGCUCUGUUCUGCCCUCAAUCCGGGUCUAAUGCUGUAGCAGACCGCGCAGAGGAGCGAGUGAGAGACAUCGCGCUGAUUGAGAGUCGGUGAGGGACAGGGCGGACAGGGCGGACCGGAGCGACGACGGGAUUGUUCAUUCGCCUGGGAACAUGGGAUGUACACUGAGCGCCGAGGAGCGCGCAGCUCUGGACCGGAGCAAGGCCAUCGAGAAAAACCUGAAGGAGGACGGGCUGGUCGCUGCCAAGGACGUCAAACUGCUUCUGCUCGGCGGCGGAGAGUCCGGCAAAAGCACCAUCGUCAAACAGAUGAAGAUUAUCCAUGAAGAUGGCUUUUCUGGGGAUGAUGUGAAGCAGUAUAAGCCUGUGGUCUAUAGCAACACCAUCCAGAGCUUGGCAGCCAUCCUCCGAGCCAUGGACUCAUUGGGCAUUGAGUUUGGAGACAAGGAUAGAAAAGCUGAUGCUAAGCUGGUUUGUGAUGUGGUCAGCCGUAUGGAGGACACAGAGCCGUACUCUGCAGAGCUUCUCACCGCUAUGAAGCGUGUAUGGGCCGACGCUGGGACUCAGGAGUGCUUCAAUCGUGCCCGGGAAUACCAGCUUAACGACUCUGCUAAAUACUACCUGGACAGCCUAGACCGGAUCGGGGCAGCAGACUACCAACCCACAGAGCAGGACAUCCUGAGAACCCGAGUGAAGACCACGGGUAUCGUCGAAACCCACUUCACCUUCAAAAACCUCCAUUUCAGGCUGUUUGACGUGGGAGGUCAGAGGUCAGAGAGGAAGAAGUGGAUCCACUGCUUUGAAGAUGUGACGGCCAUUAUCUUCUGCGUUGCUCUGAGCGGAUACGACCAGGUGCUCCAUGAAGAUGAAACAACUAACCGCAUGCAUGAGUCACUCAUGCUCUUCGACUCCAUCUGUAACAACAAGUUCUUCAUCGACACCUCCAUCAUCCUCUUCCUCAACAAGAAGGAUCUGUUCGCUGAGAAGAUCAAGAAGUCACCGCUGACGAUCUGUUUUCCAGAAUACACAGGUGCUAAUACUUACGACGAUGCUACUGCAUAUAUUCAGGUUCAGUUUGAGAGUAAGAACCGCUCUCCCAAUAAGGAGAUCUACUGUCACCUGACCUGUGCCACAGACACAGGAAACAUCCAGGUAGUGUUUGAUGCCGUCACUGACAUCAUUAUUGCAAACAACCUUAGAGGGUGUGGCUUAUACUGAGGCCUGACCAAGCACAGAGGUUGUCAUGGAGAGUAUGAGGUGUUAAUAAUGAUAAUUUUGAUGAUACUUAAACACAUAAAUAUGUAAUUCUACACGUCCAAAUGGACCCAAAGAGCUGCCGUCAGACACCACACUGGAUUUAUUGCCAUGAUUUCUUCCCUUCCUCUCGUUUUGAUUUCAGUAUACAACCCCACUUUUGUCAUAUCAAAAUGUGUUUUUGAGCCGAAUGUUUCAUGUUUUGUUGAUGAAUGUGUCAACAACUGGGAGGAAACAGAAGUGGCAGCACCA